AUGGCCAAGAUCAGCAUGGAGUGGCCCAAUGAUCUGGUGAGCUGGGUGUUCGUAGCUUCGCUAGUAAUGGUGCUCUUGCAGCUGCGGCAAAGGAGCAAGCUCCCGCUGCCGCCUGGCCCCAAGCCUCUCCCAAUCAUCGGCAACAUGAUGUUGAUGGGUCAGCUGACACACCGAGGCCUGGCGGUGCUGGCCGAGCGGUACGGCGGGCUGCUGCACCUCAGCGUCGGCCGGCGGCACGUGUUCGUGGUGUCCACAGUGGAGUACGCGCGCGAGGUGCUGCAGGCGCAGGACGCCGCCUUCGCGAACCGACCGGCCACCACCGCGAUCGCGUACCUCACCGACGGCCACGCCGACAUGGCGUUCGCGCAGUACGGGCCCUUCUGGCGCCAGGCGCGCAAGCUCUCGGUCACGAAGCUCUUCAGCCGGCGCCGCGCCGAGACGUGGCUCGCCGUGCGCGACGAGUCCGCGGCGCUCGUGCGCGCCGUCGCGCGGCGCAGCGGCCAGACGGUCAACCUGGGCGAGCUGGUCCUCAGCCUGAGCACGAACGUCAUCUUCCGCGCCGCCUUUGGCACCAGCUUGAACAUUAGCCUUGGCGAGUACAUCGGCGUUCUCGAAGAGUUCUCCCGGAACAUUAGCGCGUUCAACAUGGCGACUUUGUGGCUCGCCUGGAUACUGCCGCCUCCGGUCACGCGCAGGGCGUUUGACAGGUUCAUCGACAAGAUCAUCGACGACCACAUACAGAGGGCAGGAGCACGGACGUCGAGGCCGACAUUGUCGACGAAAUUUUGUGCUGUUCAGCCCAUCGCUGUGACGGUCGAUGACCGGCAUGCCUCUAUCUUGUGCGACGCAACACAUGCAAUCCUGACGUGGUGCCCAUUGCAGACCAUCGAGUCGGACCUCAGCGGAGCUCCCUUCCUCAGGUGCGUCGCCAAGGAGUGUUCGAUGCACCCGCCAUCCCGCUGCUCCUCCACGCGGCCGCCAGGACUGCGUCGUCGGCAGGCUCUCCGUGCCUAG